AUGACGGACCUGGGAGAGGAUGAAGGAGAAGUCGAAGAACGCGGCCCGUUCCCGGCGCGAAAAGGAGAACGCCGAGUUCCUGGAGCUGGCCAAGCUGCUGCCCCUUCCGGCGGCCAUCACGAGCCAGCUGGACAAGGCGUCCAUCAUACGACUCACCACCUCCUACCUCCGCAUGCGGGAAGUCUUCCCCAAAGGGAGAGGAUGAAGGAGAAAUCGAAGAACGCGGCCCGUUCCCGGCGCGAAAAGGAGAACGCCGAGUUCCUGGAGCUGGCCAAGCUGCUGCCCCUGCCGGCGGCCAUCACGAGCCAGCUGGACAAGGCGUCCAUCAUACGACUCACCACCUCCUACCUCCGCAUGAGGGAAGUCUUCCCCAAAGGCCUUGGAGACGGAUGGGGAGCAGCACCUCCUCUGCCGAAUCCAUUAGAAAGUGCAAUCAAAGAACUGGGAUCACAUCUACUCCAGACGCUGGAUGGCUUUGUGUUCGUCGUCGCACCUGACGGGAAAAUUAUGUACAUUUCUGAAACAGCUUCCGUCCAUCUGGGAUUAUCGCAGGUGGAACUGACGGGCAACAGCAUCUACGAGUACAUCGACCCGACGGACCACGACGAGAUGGCCGCCGUGCUGGCUCUUCAGACUCCGCACCAUCCCCUCCAUCCCUCAGUCCAAGCGCAGGGUGUGGAGUUCGAAAUUGAGAGGUCCUUCUUUGUGCGAAUGAAAUGCGUCCUAGCGAAGAGGAAUGCCGGACUCACAUCGGGUGGAUACAAGGUGAUCCAUUGCAGCGGCUACCUGAAAGUCCAGCGUUUGGAAUCUCCGUACGACGGGGGCGGGACGUGCUUCCAGAACAUGGGCUUGGUGGCGGUGGGCCAUUCCCUCCCUCCCAGCGCCAUCACCGAAAUCAAGAUGUACUCCAACAUGUUCAUGUUUCGAGCCAACAUGGAUUUGAGACUCAUCUUUCUGGACGCCAGGGUAACUCAUCUGACAGGGUAUCAACCGCAAGAUCUCAUAGAAAAGACUUUAUAUCAUUACAUUCAUGGCUCAGACUGUGUACAGAUGCGAUAUUCACACGAUACGUUGUUGCACAAGGGUCAAGUGACGACGAAGUACUAUCGAUUUCUCGUCAAAGACGGGGGAUGGAUCUGGAUGCAGAGCUACGCAACUGUAGUCCACAAUACUCGCUCCUCUCGACCUCACUGUAUCGUCAGUGUCAACUACGUUUUAAGCAAACAAGAAGCAGACAGUUUACAGCUGGAAGUAGAACAAAUAAGAAAACAGGAGCAACUCUACCCCGCCUCUUCUGCCUCAGCCCCGAACAGCAAUACGAACGGCAAUGCAUCGGCAGCGCCAACCAGAAGCAAGCAUCACAGGGCAAAGAGCAGAAAAGUUCCGUACAUCUACGAAGAUUCGAGUCUCAGUUGUAUAAGAGGUGAAACUGCAGAUCCCUGCUUGUACGAGAUGAAUGCUUUUCCUCUGCACCACGCUGCAUUUUCUGCGGUUGGACAUUCUCCGUAUGGUGACAUGGGGGGCCCCAAUCCCGGUCCGCAAUACCCCAGUUCCCCUCACGUCGCCAUGGGCCUUCUGGAUCCAGCGGGCAGCGGCUUCUUGCCACAUUACCCACAUCAGAGACUUUCCCCCAUGUCGCACAUAGAUGCAGCUUAUGAAAGAGAAGAAAGGUAUGCAGUUCAUGGCUAUCCCCCCUUUGCUGGUUGCGAAGCUCUGUCUUCGUCUCCGGACGGGGAGCAACCCGAAGCCAUACAGCCCCUAUCCUGUGCAGUGGCGACCCAGCCACCAGGAACAGACAUGUGCAGCUACGUGGCACCACCGCCGCCUCCACCACACGACUUGAACCACCACCUACUCUACGCCCCAGCCACGGCGGUGGGAGCCUUCAGCAGUCCGUCCGACUCUGUACUGUCCGAGUCGGAUCUAGACACGACCUUCCAAAACGGGAGGUCGCAAGACUCGCCGCGAUCCACAUCGUCUGCGUCUUCGCCCCUCCACCACAGCAACAGCAGCAGCAACAAGCAACCGUCCAGUGCCUUAGUCGGUGUCCAGCGCAACCAGUACAAGUCAGUGAUCACCAACGCGAAUCUGCAACUCGGCAGUGGUUCGUCAACAGCGCCAACGGACUACAUCAACCAGCGGUUGACCUCUGCCGAUGUUGCUAAACCUCAGCAACAGUUUCACCAUCAGAGGAACACUUUCACCGGCUGCUGUUCACCAUCGGACUCUUCACCCUACAACGACUCUUGCUAUUUCGACAGGCAGCAGCAGCCUCCACUCAUUGCAGACUCUGGUAUUAAGUACGCACUCGUGUCCAAGUGUGACUCGUUCGCGACGGACAAGGGGUACUGUGUCGGUUCGGGUAAUGGCGAGUUCGCCUGUACGAAUGUGACGCAAGGGGUACAGCCUCAGUACACCAGUGUCAUCGUUGACACUCAGCAGUAUCAGAUGGCGAAUGGAUUUGUUCAUUAAUAUCACGGUCAAGGAGAUAAAAUGCUUACAGAAAAUGGGAAUAUAUUUCGAUGCUUAUCGUUAGAAAAAUUAAGCUAAAUACUUUUGAUAAUUUCCUGUACUUACAUAGGUUUAUUUUCGAUAAAAUUCAAGAUGUAUUAAA